AGAGGAGAAAAUAAAAAUGACUGACAUUCUAGUUUCUGCUAGAAGAACCGAAUCUCACGAUCUUGAUGAAAUUUUAAAACUUGUAAACGACAAAUCAAGAGAAAUGUUUGGAAGAGUUAAUCUUGCUCACAUAGUUGAAAAAGCAAAUUUUAGUUUGACAAUUAUAGAUGAAAAACAAUCGAUUGUUGGUCAUGCUUCUUUUUAUGAUUAUCCAAACAUUGAAAAUCCUGACUGGUAUUAUUGGUUAAAUACAAAUUAUGAAGUUGCCAAAGAAUGUUCACCAAUGAAUUCUCUGUUCUUGCAUUAUAUCGUUUCAAGGGAAUCAAUUACUGAACAAGUUGAGAAAGAAAUUGUGAGGACGAUUUUUCAAGCAAUACCGCUAUUACACUUUGUUAUUUUUCUUCUACCAAUAAAAGUUAAUCUUAGUAAUUCUUUGAGUAGAAUAUUUACACAGAUCAAUUCAAUUGAUGGUUUUGUUUCCGACUACAAAGUUACAAUGUGUUAUCGUCAUAAUCAUUUUCCUGUACUUCAUAUAAGACCAGCAAGAAUUGAAGAUCACGAUGAUUUAAAACUAAUAUACGACCAGUAUAAUAAUGAUCUUGUUAACAUUUAUGGUCAUUUUUUUUUGUCGGAAUUGAUAGAAGCACAGGAUGAAGAAAACAUAUGUCUUGUUGCUGAUGUUAAUGGCACUGCAGUUGGUUUUUUUAGUGCUAGUACUCAAAUUGAUACUAAUAUAAUAAAAGAAAACUUUGAUCUUGAAGUCUAUGAGAAUUUUUCAAAAAAAAUUCUUCAAAGAAAAGAAAUUAAUAAGAAAACUGAGCAGUUAUCUUUAGACAGAAGUUCUGUUGUGAUCACUUCUGAUAAUGCUUUCCUUAAGAAAACAUUGGGAUCCAUAAUGAACAUGAAUUAUAAACAUUCAGUUUCCUCUGCAAACAUAGAGCAACCAAAACUCAAUAACUAUUUACAAACAAGAAAUCCAGAUGUACAAACUCAAGUUGAGUAUGUUAAUGAGAAUGUGCUUGUCGAAAGUGUGUUUUUUAUCCAGUUAUUUUUUAUUGACAAUAAAUACGAGAUGAGAUCAAUUGAUUUUCUUCCAGCUGUUUUUGAGAUAUUUAAGAAAGAUUAUCUAGUGGUUACAAUACCUCAUAGUGUGCCUGAGUUUCCAUUGUUGCAAUGUUUUCAGCGCAUCCCUCCUAAAUGCAAUAGCAUAUUUUCUCAAGAACUUUAUGUUUUUAAUAGAAACGGAUUCUUUAGAUCUUUCAGAGUUCGUGCUUUAACUAAAAAAGAUUUAGAAGGGGUUACAGAUUUAAUAACAAACAUUAAAGGAAGCAAAUACAUUAUUGAAGAUGCUAUUCGCUACAAUAAAUACAGAAGAGACAAUAAUGGUACUGGCAUAUUUGCAUAUGUUGCCGAGGUGUAUGAUCAAAUUGUUGGUCUUUGCAUAUUUAGACAGGAAAACGAAAUAGAGUAUAUUCGAUCACAUUACAACAUAGAAGAUUAUAUUUACUUUAGUUUUUAUGAAGCAGAUGAACAUGCUCGUCUUUACCAUUUUGUAUUAAAUCCAAUAUUUCAGCAUUAUUCAACAUAUUUUUUAAUGGAAGCUCUUACAUUGUCUAAGAAGUCUUCCCUUUAUUAUACUCUUUACCCAGGAAACGAGAUGAAAAUUGGUUGCAGUCUUCCAACAUGCAUUAACAACUUUGUACCUGUUAGUGUUAGAAAGCAAAUUGUAUAUCCAUUACAAGAUUUAGAAGAAAACUCCCCAAUGUCAAAUAUUCUUGAAGAAAAGGAACCAUAUGCAAUGUAUCACUUUAACCGAAAAAUGACAUUUGAACAUAAGGCUGUUGUUAAUGUUCGUGUUGUUGUUGUUGGAAGCUCAGAUGUUGGUUUAUCGUUCUUACAAUCUUUAGUUUAUCGCUCUGAUGUGCUAUUUAAUAAUCUCACUUUGGUAUCUGAUAAUGAUGUUUUUAACAUAUACGAUAGCAGUGAUGAUAAUAAAUUUUUUGAUAGUUUUCAAUUUGAGAACUUUCUUCCAAGUCAAAAUUUCAACCAAAAAUCACUCAGUUUGUUAUCAUUGAGAACAUGGGUAAAUUUUGUGUAUGGAAAGUUGAAAAAAAUUGACAGAGAGAAAAGAUUAAUUUAUGUUAACAAUAAUGCUGUACCUUACGAUCAACUUAUAUUAUGUACUGGAGAAUCGUUCCAUUGUACUGUGCCAACAGAUAAAAGCAUUAACAAGUUAAAAAACAUUGAUAAACACACUAGUCAAGUGAAUCCAAAACAGAAAGAUAUGCAAACAUUAAGUGGUGUUAAUGAUCAAAUACCAAAUGGUGUGUAUGCAUUGAACUCGAGCAAAGAUGUCUGUGCAAUCUUCAAAUGGUUAAAGUCAAUUCCAAAUGAUGAAACUAUUAUUGUUUAUGGAUCUUCCUUGGAAGCAUAUGUUUGUAUUAAUGGGUUAGUUUUAUAUGGGUGGAGUGGUGUCAACAUAAAGUAUGUUUCUCCAUUGACUGAAACUUCAAAUCUAUUUGGGGACACUCAUGUUACUCAAGUAAUUGUAAAAACACUUCAAAAAUAUGGUGUUGAAACUUAUUAUGAAUAUACAUUGUCAAGAUGGUUCUCUUCUGAACAAUCAGCAAAUAUUGAAUCAGCAGUUUUUACUUCUAAGUCAUCAAGUCAAAUUAUUUUGAAUUGCAAAAUGUUGUUAUGUCUCGAAAGAAAAACAGUGGAUUACGACAUAUUUAAAGCCAUAAAUGACAGUUGCUUAGUGUUUGAUGGUAAAUUGGUAAUUGACUUAAAAUUUCAAACAAAUGAUCCAAAUAUUCUUGCUGCUGGUCCUUUAACAAAAUAUAGCCGACGUUUUUAUAGUGAUAGUUUCUCUCAUGCAUAUUUUAACUCUGAAGAAAUAGGUAUAAAACUUGCACAAUAUUUUUUUGAAAAACUGUAUCCGAACAUAGAUAGCAUUUCAAAAAAAGAUCCCGAUCUUGCAGUUCAUUUUCAAAAGCCGAAGUUGGUGUACUGCAAAUUGCUAGGUGAUUUUUCAUACUUUCGUGUGUGGAAGCAAUUUAGUGAAAAUUUUUGUUCAACUGGUCGAGAUAUUUCAACUGGAGGUGAACGGAUAGAAGAUGUACAAAAUUAUUUCAGGUUGCAUAUAAACCAAUAUAGUACAAUUGAUGAAAUUGUAUGCCUCUCAUCUCAGGUAAUAGAUAAAGAUAAUUUAAAAUGUUUAUUUGGUGUCCAUACAAGUUACCUUGGUAAUUUAACAGAAAGAUUUGAGAACGGUCUUAUUACUGAUUUGUAUAGUUAUUUUAGACAAUCGUGGUGUUUGCCGAUAUACCAUGAUCGCUUCACCGAUUUUCGAUGUGAGAUCCGAGAUAUUUUUAAAAUAUCAGAUUCAGCAACCAGUUUAUCGUUAGAAGAACAAGCUAAAGUAUUAGCACAUAAUUUACAAUUAACUGACGAAACCCGAAAGCGUCUCCUAAAUACAUUUGUUGGCAGCGGGUAUAAGAAAUCGAUCGAGAAGAAAUUGUUACUUUUCUUAAACUACAAUAAAUAUCAUCUUCCAAUGUUUGCAGAACCUUCGAUGUUUUAGUUUUUAAUUUUUUGGUUUAUUCAUCAUUUAUAUAACUUUAUUUUUAGUUUAUGCGUUGUAAAUUAAUUUUUACGGUUGAAUUAAUUUUUUUUUUUGAAUUG